AUGGCACCUAACGGCCCCCGAGACUACUUCCUACCCAGCCGGGAGGGAGCCGAGGUAAAGGCAAAGCCCAUCGAGGACUCCGCUCACUCCAAGAGCGCCAACGAGUCGCCCAGCUCGGAAGCUUUCGUCUCCAGACGCGUCGGGGCUGAAAUCGUCAAGCGGCAGAAGAGGAACUAUAACAGGUACCGGGCCGCCCCGAACGUGGCCGUGGACCCCCUCGAGGCCCAUCGCGAGGUCUGCGAGCUGAGCCCCGCCUGCGACGAGUUGGCCGACCACAUCGGCUUCCAGGAAGCUUACCGGCGGUUCUACGGGCCGAUCUAG